UUCGNUGGUUUUGGCGGUAAGACCGGCUACUAUUUUAGUUCAGCUUGCGUACUACUCGGAAGCUUGACUAUGUUUUUCAUCGAUUUGCAUAGGAGAAACGUUGCUCGUCACAAACAUAAUGAAUCUGGAACAAAACAGUUAUGUGUGUCCACUUCAUGUCUUCAACGACGUAAAUUAUCUUUUACUGUUGAACCGGAAGAAGUAAUUGUUGUUGAACCUCCGCUAAAUAUACAAGGCAACAUCGUAGGUAUGGGACUACUUACACCAGGCGUCAUUGGUCCUACCGACAAACCAGAACUCACUUGCAUAUCUGAAGAGGGCAUCGCAGAUAUGGAUUUACCAGACAACUUACUCGUUGAUCUCGACUACAUUGGAGAUUGUAUAAUGUCCUGCAAUAAGAUGGAGAACUACUUAAUGCUAAGCGAGUUCGAAAAUAAUUUGAUUACCGAAAUGCCGGUUAUAAUGGACCGGAAAGGACGACGAUGGUCACUUGCCAAUCAAGCCGAAGAAGAGACUCCGAAGGGUGGUAAAUGGCGGCUAGUGGCUGGUCCUAACAAUAGGCUGAUAACUGUCAUUGACAAAGCGUCCGUUUAAAACUAUUUAUAUUGUGUAGAUUAUUUGAUUUGUAAUAAAUAUUUAUUUAAAAUAUUAUAAUUGAACAUUUCGUAAUGUAAUGUUGUGUUCAUUUUAUCUUUAUUUUAUAAAUCAAAAGUUCCCAUACUGCCUGUAGAGAUGAAUUACAUUACGUUAAGUUUGUACAUGCAAAGUAUUUAAUGUAUUUAUUUUAGUUAAUAAUUUCCUAGA